UCAAUGUAAUGUCAAUGUCAAAUUUGGUGGAGAUGAAUUGAAGUGUAUGUAAAGUAGAAAUCAAUAUUCAUGUUCACUGAAAAAGAAACAAAUUUUACAAUUCAAUCAAUAUGAAUUUGUAGGAAGUAAUAUUUUAUCUUUUCAGUAGUGAAAAAUUCCCUUUGAAGCAACCCUUCCUUCAUGUUUGGGUCGAUUUCUCAGCUGUAAUCAGCUUUAUUUAUGAGAUGAUUUAAAAGUGUACAAAAUGAAGUCUAAAUUAUCAUUCGAGGAUAAAGUUGAACUUAUCCAUAACCUUGACGUUAAAAUCGGUUCCGAUAUUAACAAUUUAGAAGAUGCUUACGAAGUUGAACAAGAACUGCAGCGGAAAAAAAAGCAACUUGAGAAUUAUAUAGCUCACAUUUCUGGCAUUGUUAAUUUAAAUCAGACACAACAAUUAUCGCCCAUAAAAGGCCUAGGUACCGAUCAAGUGUCUGCCAAACAUUCGGCGACUAUUCAAAAAGCUGAAGCAAAUAUAAACCAAAUAACAGAUAUUAAAAACAAGAGUGUCAAGUUAACAACAAAGAUAGAUCAAUAUCUUAGCAAAACGGAAUCUUUUAGAGAGGAACUUGAUAAAAGAUUUUCCACCAUUAGCAAACUAGAAGGAGUGUUAUUAUAUUUUAAAUCAUUUGAAAAGAUUGAUGACUUAAGUCGUCAAAUGAAACAAUGCCGAGACAAUGAGCAGUUAAUUCAACUUUACGGAGAGCUAAAGGACAUGUGCAGUCAGCAGACGCAGGGACACCAAGCUGCUUACAUAAAAGAAUAUAAACAUUACUGGCAUAAUUUAUUAAAAGAAAAUUUUACCAAGCAUUAUGAAGACAUUUUAAAAGUACUAAAAUGGCCUAUGACUUCAACAUCUGAAAGUUCUCAACCUUCUAAAGAUGCACUGAUGAAAUUUAGUAACCUUACCAGAUACUUGUUUAUUAUACAAGAACCAGAGGAUCUAAUACCUAAUAGCAAUUUAGAAGACUUGAGUUCAGGUUCACACACAAGUCUACCUGUAAGAAUUAUGCUCAGACCUUUAAAAAAGAGAUUUCAAUUCCAUUUUACGGGUACACGUCAAACAGCACGUAUCGACAGACCCGAGUGGUUUUUAACACAAACACUUACUUGGAUAAAAGAUCAUCGGAAAUUUGUCAAUGACCAUGUGCAACCAGUUGCCGAUAAAUUGGAACUCAGUCACAUUAAUGCUGUGGAUGAAUUCAAUAAUGGCCUUAUAUCAUUUGCUGCUGAAAGACUGCACACAGUUCUAGGAUUGUAUAUAUCUCAAGGUUCAAAAGGAGAGAUUGCGGAUGUUGAUGCAGCUUUCGCACAUGCUGUAGAUGAGACUCUUGGCUUCCAUAGAGAAUUACAGAGCCUUACUGGUUAUCCAUUAAAUAUGGCACUGCAUGUACUUACUAAAGCCGAGCAUUUUGUUCGCUGGAUAGCUGUGGAAAAGAAGUAUGCAUUAGCUAAAAUGGACGAGGCGUUGGAGAGCGAGCAGUGGUGUGAGCCGGUGGCGGCGGGCGUGAGUGUAGCAGUGGGCGCGGCGCUGUGGGUGCCGCGUAGCGCUGACUGGUUCAUCGCGCUGCUCAAAACUAUCGAAGAUAGAUACGCCAUGCUACCACAACCGGGACAUAGACUGCAGUUUGUGGAGCUGCAGCUGGAGCUGAUAGAGGAGUGGCGGGUGCGGCUGACGCAGCUGCUGGGCGCGGCGCUGCACGAGCUGCGGGCGGAGUCGCUGCUGGGUGCGGGGCCGCACCCGCUCACCGCCGUGCUCAAUGCCGCGCACUACACGCGCACCGUGCUGCUGCAAUGGGCGCACUCUCUGCAUUACUUGCAAUUGCACUUCUAUCGGCGACAGUUUGAACAUUUCACGCAGCAGCAGCACAAAGAUGAUGAAGUGACACCUGCAGAGACCACGGUUGAGGAAGAAUCCGAAGAGAAACUAAAUCAAUCUGCAACAGCAGAAGAUAUUUACCAUACGAUGUCUAUAAACGAGUUGGAAUUCAAAGCUAAAAUGUUGGCUCUCAACGAAAUGUCACGUCAGAAUUCUGUCGCGAACGAACCAUCGUUUCUCGCCUCCGCCACCGCCAGCCUCGCCCCGCCCCUGGCCGCCCGUCUGCGCGCGCACCUCGCCGCACGCCUCGACCACCUCAUGCUGCAGGAGAUGGUGUUGGAGACGUGGUUCAAUACAGGCGGCACGAUGCAGUUCACACACGACGUGAAGCGAAACAUCCUGCCCGCGUUCGCACCGCACAACAAGAGUGUCGCACAACUCAUCCUCCUGCCAAAGCUAUUGGAAGCAUGUAAACUCCUCAACAUGGACUACGAGGAGGCGCGCCGGCUGCGCUCUCUGUUGGUGAAGCAGCCGGCAGAGGCGAAGCAGAUCUCGGAAAGCUGCGGCAUCACUCACAUAGAGCCUAAAGACGUGCUGCGCAUCCUCAACCAGCGGACUGACCUCACUGACACCGCCACACCCUCCUCCGUCAUGGAACUCUUCUGAGGGUUCCAAGGUGGAGGCAUCUAAAUUGCUAUAAGAUCGGAUAUGGAGCAACACCUUUCAGGAGUUUGAACCUUAUGUUUCAGUAGGUUGAAUUAAAUUUAACUGCGACAAAUAACAAGAGCCAAAAAAUCCACAGAUUUGCAGUUAGUGUUACCCGUACACAAAUUAAUAUACGUGUUGUAUAUUAAGGGUUGGUAAUAAUAACAAAUUACAUGAUUAAAGCAACCCCAUGUUUCAUGUCUACAAUUUUUUUAAAUGUUAAUUUGGUAGCAUAUGAGGUUUUAGUUAUAAGGCGUAUACAUUUUAUAAUUUCUUAAUGACAUUAAAUAUUAAAAAAUAAAAACAUAAUUAAAUGCAAUUUUUAAACAAUUCGUCUGUAUGUUGCUCUGGUCAGCUGUAGGUUGGAUUGAGCCUUUAAAGUAAGUAGUAAUUCUUAUAAACGCAACAUAAUUUGUUAUGUUUCAUGUUAUGUAUUUAGUAAUGUAUGGAUAAAUAGUACAUUAGUGGUAUGUAGAGUUCAUUUUUUGUUUUUAUUCUAUGCGUUAUUAGUGUCCAUAUUUAUGACUAUUACAAUAAU